AGCAUUCAACCGUUAUUUUCUAUUUAAUAGUUGCCUCUACGCAGGGUGGAGAGGUGCAGUCUGCCGCCUGACAGUAAUCCGCUUGCCUGGAGGAGCAGGGAAAGCCGUCUUCAGACUGAGCCGGAGACAGGGGAGGGAGAGUUUAAAUCGGACAGGGACUGAGAUAGUUGAAAAGAGCGGGCUGUGAUAUUUGGAGCUUUUGUCCUGCCGCUGGAAGCUGAGAUGAACUCACUCUGAAGGCGACUGUGUGCAGGCUGCUGGGAUUCCACUUCGCACCAUGAGCGGACAGACAAAUGUUCAGUAUCAGUCAGGUCUCUAUGGAGGAAACAACAACAGCAGCUCUCCUCUCUCCAACCGUAUGAAUUCGUCCAUCAUGUGUGAGCGCUGUGGGAAGGUUUGUCGAGGGGAGGUGGUGCGUGUGAAGAACACACACUUCCAUGUCCACUGCUUCACCUGCCAAGUGUGCGGCUGUGAUCUGGUGCACUCGGGUUUCUUCCACCAUUCUGGUGAGUACAUCUGUACAGAGGACUACCAGCGGCUCUACGGGACCCAGUGCGACAGCUGUGACCAGUACAUAACUGGAGAGGUGGUGUCUGCCCUGGGGAGGACGUAUCACCCGCAUUGUUUUGUCUGCAGCAUCUGCAGGAGUCCAUUCCCAAUUGGAGACAGAGUGACCUUCUGUGGGAAAAAAUGUGUAUGUCAGCAGUGCUCACACUCUCUGAACAGCGACAAACCCGUCAAGGUCCAUGGACCAAGUUACUGUGCCGGCUGUGGUGAAGAGAUCAAACAAGGUCAGUCUCUGUUGGCCCUGGAGAGGCAGUGGCAUGUCAGUUGUUUUAAAUGCCAGACGUGCAGCUGUGUGCUCACUGGAGAAUACAUCAGCAAAGAUGGGGUACCUUACUGUGAGACUGACUACCACAGUCAGUUUGGGAUCAGGUGUGAGAGCUGUAACAGGUACAUCAGCGGCAGAGUACUAGAGGCUGGAGGGAAGCACUACCACCCCAGCUGUGCCAGGUGUACCCGCUGUCACAUGAUGUUCCUGGAAGGAGAGGAAAUGUACCUUACAGGUUCAGAGGUUUGGCACCCCAUGUGUAAAGAAGCAGCUCGACUGGAGAGAAAACUGAGGCUGAGACGAACCUCAGAGACGGCGUCUGUUUCUCCUCCAGGCUCGUCACCUCUCCUCGGCUCACCUCACCGCCUCAUCUGCUCUAAGGCUGACAGCGAUGUUUUGAACUACAAGCAUUUGGCAGCUCUGCCCAGGGUCAAAGCCAUAUAUGACAUUCAGCAACCAGAUAUUAUUCCUUAUCAGGCUGACCAUGCACACACACACCUAUCAAAUGACACGCUGGAGAGAUACAGUUGUGGACAGUCAUUGGGCUCCCUAUCACCAUACUCACAUGAUCUCUUGGAUGGUGUGGAGCUGAGAACCAGGCGUUCCUCUAGCUCUGCCUUCACCGACUCGCCUACACUCAGUCGCCACGGAGGAUCCCCACUGCAUUAUUAUCUCCCUGAGAGUGGCAGGAGUUCACCUUAUUACAGUCAGCCAGAACCCAGGUGUUCUACACCCACCACCUCCACCUUUCAAGCCCCCAAGCAUUUCCAUGUGCCAGCUUCUGAUGAAGCCAACAUCUACAGGAAACCUCCCAUCUACAAGAGACAAGACGUAUCUGCCUCUCCUUCAGCAAAUAAAACUAAGACCAAUGAAAAUCUCAUCAAUUAUCACACGGAUUCCAACUACUAUCCCUAUACUGGCUCUCCAAAAGUCUCCAGGGUGAGAAGGUUUUCAUCUGGAGGAGAGGAGGAUGGAUGGAAUCAUAAUAUAAACAGGGGAAUUGGCAGGAUGAUUCUAAAGGAAGAGAUGAAAGCUCGAUCAGGUCGGUUUGACAAUGACCAGUGGGGGAGCAGACGGAGUUCCCGGUGUAACAGCAAGGAGGCACUGAACAGCCUGGAAUAUAGCUCCCUUAACGGCUCUCCCAGGUCCAUCAGCAGUGCCGACAAUGACUCAUACGCUGCCAAAUCUUCCUCGUUGCCAGGCUACGGCAGGAAUGGACUGAACAGGCCGGGGAGUGCAGGCGCAGAUUAUUACCAGUAUGACAGCAGUAAUUCAGUAAAUUGGCAAAUCAGAGAAUACAAGAUCUAUCCAUACAAAGCCCUCAUGGUGUCCGUCAGAGGGCAGCAGCGUCUACCCAGUGAUGUGGACAGAGCCAGACUUGAGCGUCACCUCUCACCAGAAGAGUUUUAUAGAGUCUUUGGCAUGUCCAUGUCUGUGUUUGACCGUCUUGCUCAGUGGAAAAAGAAUGAACUGAAGAAACAGGUCCGGCUCUUCUGAGAAAAGUCUCCAGAUUUGUCUGAUCCAAUGCAGUUCCAAUGUCAACAGCAAGCUCUGGAAGCAACUUCCAUAAAAGUUUACUGACCCCCAGAGAGAGUGAACCUAUAACAGAAGAAGAAGAAGAAGAAAAAAAACUGCUGGCCUUUGGCUCUUUGGCGUGCUGUAAGUGGUGUACGCUAAGCUUCUUAAGCAAUAUGCAUGAAGUCAGCCAACUGGGUCAAAUGGGGAAGAAUUGAGUGAGAGAAAGAAGAAGAAGACUGGAAGGAGAGCAGAGAGCAGAGCUGUGGCUCCAAUCAAGAUACCAGACAGAAAGGAGUUGCUGUGUCUCUUACCAGCAGAGGGCAGUAUGUUGCUGUUUGAGAGUUUGAGGUACCUAUAAACCAAACUGAGCAAAUGCAAUACUCAGAAAGCAUUCAUGCCAAAAAAUUAGGGAUAUUUAUUAUUUAGAAAAUUUGCUUCAGUUUUACUUAGACCAGAAAGAUACCACCUUAAGACACAAA